AUGCGCCGCCCGGGCACCGGCUGCGCCGCCGUCCUCGCGGUGGGCGGCGCCGUGCCCGCCCGCCUCGACCCUGCCGCGGCUCGGGCGUGGCCUCUGCGCGGGCCGCCGGCCCGCGGCGCCGCGGGCUCGCGCGCCGCGCGCGCGGCCGCCGCCGCGCGGGCCGGCAGGCUCCGCGGCGCCGCCGAGGAGCCGGUCGCGAGCGCGGAGGGCCCCGGCGUGCUCGCCGGUGCCGCGCUGACGGCCGCCCUGCUGGCCGCUGGGGGCGCGGGCAGCGCUCGGGGCGGCGCGGGCGGCCGCGCCUGCGGCGCGCCGCGGGCGGCGGCGAGCCGUUGCCGAGGCCGGAGGCCCGGCGGCGUGCUCGCCCAGCGCGAAGGGCAGCGGUGCCCGGGCCUCGCCGCUGGCGGCGGGGUGAGCGGCUGUGGGUCUGCGCGGCUGCCGGAGCGGGCGCCUGGGGACCACGGCAGCAUGCUCCUCAGUGCGGCCGCCGACGUGGCCGAGGGCCUGAAGCACCGCAUCCUCGACAGGAGGGUCAGGAAGGCCGAGGGCUCCCGCGAGAGGGCUGCAGCCCUGUCGGCGAAGCUGGAGCGCAUCGCGAGGCUGCAGCGCGGCCAGGGCGGCAGCCCCGGCGGGGGCGCGCGGAAAACCUCCAGAAGCGCCGCGGGCCUGCAGCGGGCCAGCGGGGCCAGCCCCGGGUCACUACCCGCGAGGGCUGCCGCAAGGCUGUCCCGCGCGCCCAGCGAGGCGGAGAUAGCGGCGCCGUCCGCGCGCAUGGAGGCGCAGGGCAUUUUGGGGAUGGCCCUCCAGAGGCUGGCGCGGGCUUGCAGGGCGAUCUUCGCCGGGGCGCCAGGAGCGGCGGCGGCCGCGGCGGAGCCCUUGAGGGAGCUGCUGGGCGGCCUGGAGGGCGGCCUCGCCAGGGCGGGCGAGGCCCUGCUAGGCAAGCCGGCGCCAGCCGCCCAGCGCCCGCACACCUUGCACGGCAGGAAGGAGCACCGAAGAGAGCAGCGGGCGCGGACGCAGGCGAUCGAGGACCGGCACGCCAGGCUUGUGGAGCUCCACGGCGCCUGCGUGGAGCAGCUCCGGAGCUUCUGA